AUGGUCUCUCAGUUCUGUACUCAAAAGCUUUAUGAGUUAUCUUCACUUGUGCAGUUUCACGGAACUAGUAUGCUGGUUUUUUGUAUUUUAAACCUGGCGUUUUCCGUGCUGGCAGUUGUGGAAAAUCUUUUAGUUAUUUACGCGCUGUGGAAAUGCUCAUCGAUACCCACCAUUAUGAAGAAGCUUUUCCUGAGUCUUGCUUUGUCGGAUCUUGCAGUGGGAACGUUAGGACAAUCAACGUCUGGUAUUAUCAUCGCGGUGAUGUUGAACAUGAAAUCGAACGGAGACGCUAAUUUUGCCUCAUUAUGUCCAGUUGUUAUAACUUCCUGUUACUUCAUCUUUUUUCUCCUCUGUUGCGCGUCGUUUCUGACUAUUUCAGUCAUUGCUGUCGAUAGACUCCUGGCUAUACAUCUGCAUCUUCGAUAUCGCGAAUUCGUGACAUCAACGCUUGCCAGCUUUGCGUUGAUAGCAGUGUGGUUCACAAGUGGCAUCGCCGCCUCCCUAUUUAUUACCAUUUUGGCAGGCAAUAGUAUAGUAAAUGCAGUCGUUGUAUUUCUUGGAGUUUCCUUGACAACUGUGGCUUAUAUCCGUAUUUACAAAGCAGUAAGAUAUCAUCACAAUCAAAUACGAAACCAGCAGUCCACGCCGGAUCAACAGCGACAGAAGAGAUUUGCUUUGAAUAGUUUGGUCGUUUACGUAGUUUUCCUGGUUUGUUAUCUUCCGCAUUUCUUUUCUGCGGUUUUAUUGCUGAUCACCGGCAAGCAAACGUCCCUGCUGUUAGCUUACCAUGCGUCUUUAUUUUUUGUUUUCCUAAAUUCCUGUCUUAACCCUGUAGUCUACUUUUGUCGAUAUCGAGAAAUUCGCGAAAUUGUAAAAAGCUGCUUUGUUAUCUAAUGAGUUUUGCAUGAAGGAGACCGAAGAUAAGAUGAUGGCUGACAAGUAUGACACAAUAUUGACUUGAAUGAGCACUUAUUUGCUAAAUGGCUCAAAUUAACGGACGCGAAAGUCUCUUGUACCUAAAAUUAAUUGAAAGGCAAGUGCAAACAAAAAACAGGUGAAUUUUAUUCGAUUCAUUAAUCCUAAAAAGUAUGGCAUUUUUUCUAACAAGUGUGAAAAAUAAAGUUUUUAUGUAGUAUCCUGGAUCCAGCGGUCCGUUCACACGAGAAAUAUAGGAUAAAAUAUACCGCGUUCAUGGUUUAAUGAAGCUCCGCUCCACUCCUCGAACCCCAAAACCGAUCAGAAUGUUAUUGUUGUUGUUUUCUGAGAGAUGUUGGUGAUGAUCAUGAUGGUUGUAAUUCAUUCAAAACAUUUCUGCUUCUGAUUGGCUCAAAUCCCACGGCUAAUUAUCCAUAACCAGCUAGCGUUGACCAAAUAUGGAAGACGUUUGCGAUAUUCGGCAAAUGACGUCAAAAGUACAGGGUAAUCGCGAGAAAAUAGGACGCUAACAGAGAAGCACUGGGGAAUAGGUUGCCUUUUUUGGCAGAGCAGAAGAAAUGGUGCAAAUCGCUCGCCUUGACACUGCCAAAUUUGUAUUGCUAAUUGUCUUUACUCUUACACAGCGUAGUCCUGAAUAGGACUGUUGUUGACAGUGACUGACGUUUCGACAACGCUAGUCACCUUCAGAGUCAAAGUGAGUUGUAUGACCUGAUUGGUCAAUUAAGUUGGAAUGUCAUUGGUCGUCUGUCAGUUAAGCUGUGAUGUUAUUGGCUAUGAAGACUUAAAUGUCAUUGGCCCGUUUCGAUCUGUCUUUUUGUCACAGUUGAACAGUCAUUUAUUGUUAGUCAAAUUGUCAGUUACAGUCGUUUCUGUCGUUGUCAGUUUUGUUUGGGUCCGUCAAUAAGUCGUUUGUGCGUUAUGAAUACGGACUUGAUGGUCGGUGGCUUUCAUAGUGAUGGUGAUGCUCAUAAACACUCAUUUAAAGGUUGUUUUUCUCGAUUAUAUGCUGCCGAUAGUGUUAAAAACUAUGGUAAUGGCAAUGUUAACAGACAGUAUAAUGGUGGUACUUGUAAUAGUUGUAGGUAUUGGAAGUGAUGAAUGGCAAUGAUUUAAUUAAUGAUUGUGAUCACAAUUAUCUUGGAGAUAUGAUUAGCGUCGAAGAUGGUUGUCAGACGCGGGCAGCGAUAACUAGUGAUAACAUCACUGUGGUUUUCGUGACGACGACCUGCAGUAUCAUGGUGGUGAUCAUCCCUCUAGUUACGAAAACUGCUAUUUGCAACAGACUAGAAAAUGACGAACGAUUGAACCAUUUAUUGCUUGACAAAUCAUGA